AUGGCGUCUCGGAUGCUGGGGCUUAGAUGGCCGCCUGGCGGAGAUGCCUCGGUCAUUGGUUCUUCUUCUACAACCACCUCAACCUCCUGCACCCGUCGCGGUGUGUUUCCUGCAUUUGCGAUUCGAUUGGCUUCUUCUAUGUGUCGUUGGCUCCUUUCGAGGGGCCGUCUCUCUUCUCCUUCACCAGUGUAUUCUCUGUCAGAGUACGAGAAAUCCACUCGAACAAGGGCAAUGGCUGAUGUCCAUGUGCCCAUGUGCGACGCGGCUAGGGCGUCAGGGAAGAAGAAGGGGACGACUCUGUCCCAGCUGAAGAAGAGAGCUGUGCCGGCUGGCUCGGAGACUCCGAGUACCUUCAAGAAGCCAAAACCCCUACCUCGCCGUCUCGUGAAGAAAGACGAGUCGAAGGUUGCUGAGGGGGGAUGCCCUGAUGACGAAGAGAUGGGCGUGGACAAGCCGUCUCUGGUGGUGGACUUGGUGUCCAAAUCGAGGUCCGGUGGGCAUCCGGACGAGCUGGAGGACCCUCUUUCGGGAAUCCCGGCCGACGUCCGCUCUCAGAUACCGGCGGAGGUGGCCCGCCGAGCUAGGUCUUCGGGCGCCAAAGACAAAGGGAAGGAUGCAGCUGCUGCCGAGGACGAGAACGUACCUGCUACUCCCCACUAUUCGUCAAAGGAUAGGGUGGCUAUAUGCCGCAAGGUUUUUAAGGCCGUCCCCGCAGAGUAUGUUGCUUCUCUUCCUGGCCGCAAGACUGACGCCCAGUUUGGUGCGAUCCAGGCCACUCUUCUCGACUUGUUCUGCCGCAUGGAAUUCUGCAAGAGUUGGAAGACCCGCACUGCUGAGGAGCUCAAAGCUCAGGUGGCUGAGUCCACCCACCAUGGCGACUAUGCGUUCAAGUCCAUUGAAGAGGUCCGCCUGCAGAUGCAGACGACCAUAGACCUUCAAGCGAAGGAGGUAGCUGCGUUGAGAUCUGACAAGGCCGAGCUGCUUAAGAAGAUCUUGGCGCAGGACAAGGACAUGGUGGCAAUGGUCGAGGAGGCCAAGACAGCGGCGGCGGAAAUACGGGCGCUUCAGGACCAGUUGCGGGAGUACCCUCAGGUCAAAGAGGCGGCUGAGGAAGCCGAGCAUCUUCGUGGGGAGCUGGAGACGGCCAGAUCGCAAGUUCGCACCUUGCGUGAGCGUCUUCUGGAAUCCUAUGAUCAGGGGGAACAAGCGACCAAGGACGCUGUUAAGCACGCCUGGGAGAGCCACAUGUCAGAGUAUGAUCUUGGGUGGUUCCAGCGGCGAAUGGAGCACAGUGCCGCUGUGUUGGCUGCUGAACGUCUUGGUCAGCCGCCCCCUGAGUUUGUAUCAUCUGAUGACGAGGACGAUGCGGCCGCUCCCUGAUUUGCUUCCUUUCCUGCUUUUUUUAAAAAUUUUAUUCAA